AUGUGUUUACAGGAGAAGACCAAAAUCAAGGCCGUCAUACGCAAUGGUCGCUUGGAAAGGGUACCCAUAAAGGCAAUGGUCAAGGACUGUUGUGAAGGUUAUAUGGCCGAUGAAGCUAAUCCCUCACAGUGUGUAUCGAUUUGUCACGAUGGCUUCGCCUUCGUAGACGGAGUUUGUAUUCCGAGCUGUGAGAAUUGUGAAAAUGGUGAAUGUCUGGCACCGGAUGAAUGUAAAUGCAACGAUGGCUAUGCGGAGACGAGUAAAGGCUGUGAGCCAAUCUGUGAUGAGUGCAUCAAUGCGGUGUGUAUCAAACCGGGGGUGUGUGAGUGCAAGGAGGGCUUUGUUUCCACCCCUCAUGGUUGUGUCCCCUCACCAUGUCAAGGUUGUGAAAAUGGCUAUUGCCUAAAAUCGGGUGAAUGUCAGUGUUCGGUUGGCUAUAGAUGGUCCAUGCGCGAUCACAAAUGUAAACCGAAGUGUAAACAUCGUUGUCGUAACGGCUUUUGUUCGGCACCGAAUCAAUGUUCGUGCUAUGAAGGCUAUCGAAAAUUGGCGAACAAUGAAUAUAUUUGUCUGCCCAAGAAAUGGGAUGAG